AUGCCGACCCCGAAAGCCCCCAAAAUGAAACGGAUAAAAGGGAAAGGGAAGAAAACCAGCAAACAACACGACUCCAAGCUGGAGAAGGAGUCGGACGUGGACACGGUCAGGGUGAACGCGGCUCUCUGGGGGCUGAGGUUAAAGGUCACCGAUCAGGACCUGUCCGAGUACCGGGAGGCCCACCACAACCUGACCCGGGUCAACGAGCAGCUGAGCACUCAGCUGUACCGAGCCGAGAAGGACUCCAUCGAUAUGACCGGAUACUGGCAGAAACAUGUCGAAGAAAGAGAUGAUAAGAUCAUAAACCUGGAGGACAGCCUGAAAAGACAAGAAAAUCUUCUGCACAAAGAGAAGAACAAAAUGGCUCAAGAGUUUAACGUGAUCCGUGGCGAAAUGUCAAAACUGAAGGAAACCAUCGCCCACAGGGAGCUGGAGCUCAGUGUUAUGAGAGAAAAAAUGGAAAUGGCUGCCGACGAGCACCAGGAAAAUCUGGUCAACACAGAGGACAACUUUCAGAAGGAAAAGGCGCGUCUACAGGAGGAGCUCGAGAAACAACACAGUCGGGAGAUGGACAGGUUAAAGCUGGACCACCGUGUAGCUGUUGCCCAACUAGAAGGUGCAUUGCGUUCAGCAUUUGAGGAGCACAGUCACCUAAAUGAAACCCUGACAAACACCAUGAAGGAGGCAGAGGACCUGAAGAAACUGACGCACUCGUUGGUUGAGAAAAACAACUCGCUGGCGCUGGAGAAGGACAUGCACGAGUUGACUGCAAAGAACGCCGCAGCAAAGAUGGGGGACUUAAAAAAAAACCUUUCUGAACACAUGGCCAAAAAUGCUUCUCUAGAGCAGGCCUUACAGCAAAUGGAGGCUAAGCUUGAGCAGCAGGAGGAGAAGGAGAAGAUGAACCUGGUCACCAUCCAGGCCAGUCAGGUGGAGCUGGACAAGCUGCAGAAGGUCCUACAUAUGAGAGAGGAGGAGAUGAAGCACGUCAAGCAGCUGGCGUGCAUCGUUGUAGACAAGCGCAAAGAGGUGGAGAACUUCUUCCACGAAGCGUUGGCUCAUGUGAGAGAGGAGAUCGAUGCCAGCAGACUCCACUACAAGAAGGAGGCACUUCGGGAUUACCAGCGGAGGUUAAGAGAAGCCACAGCAGGAAAGAUAAAGUUCCCACCCAUCCGCACCUUCAAUAAAAAUCCCAACAGUACCAGUUCUGUGUAUGCAGACAUGGAGGCAACUGCAAAAUGGCCUUAUCCUGCAGGGAGUGAAGUUCACGUCUCAGAUCUGACUUGGGAGCAGAAAGAACAAGUUCUCAGUCUUCUCUUUGCUAAAAUGAAUGGACAGGCGGAAAGGAAGCACUACCAUCAUCAGGCCAAUUGUGCAUCCUCUGAGGAACAGAAGAGCCCCAGCUGA